UCAUUUUUUGUUACAAUCGUUUUGAGACGGAUAAUAUUUGUGUCAAUCUCAUUGUCGACAAUGUUUUGAGAUGUGUAACACAAAAAGUGAUAUGAAAUCCUUGUAAACGUUCUAUAAAAUAUCUCAAUAAAUUGAAUAUAUUGUAUAUGCCUAAUUUUACAGUACAUAGUUUUAAUCAUCAACAUUAACAUAUCCAGUAUAUGCCUAAUUUUGGUUAUCUCUUUUUUGGGAAAAAGAUUAAAAAAAAAAAGACCUAAGACUAGAUAGAAGAAUACAACAUGCUUGACGACGCCGGAACGGCCAAAUUUUCUCUCAUGGUCUGCCGUUAAGACCAAAUCCCCAAUACUCUCAUAAGCCUUUGACUUGCUUUUCCCGUUAUCUUUCACUAACUAAACUCUCAAAUUCACCGCUCCUCCCACCCUCCUCCGCCGUCGGUUGCGUUCCGGCCACUGGCAAGCCUCCCUUUAAUCUUAUGCUUGUUGUUGAAUUGUUGAAACUUGAAAGUUUAUGGUAUUAGCCAUUGGAAGGUCUAGUAGAUUUUCUUCUAGAGGAGACUUAAUUAGAAAGACUUUCUGUUGUAGGCUAAGGAGUUUCAGUGAUAUGAAGGAAGUUUUAGGUGAUAUAGUAUCUAAUUCGCCCGGUCCUGUUGUUGAUGGGGACUCUCCUGUUUUGCCGCCUGUGAAGGUUGGUUAUGGUAUGAGAAGCAAUGCUUCAGCUGUGCAAUCGACUCCGGAAAUCGAAAAGAAGUAUGUUCAUCGUGUUUAUGAUGCCAUCGCUCCACAUUUUAGUUCUACCCGGUUCGCCAAGUGGCCCAAGGUUUCAGCUUUUCUCAAUUCGUUGCCUGUGGGAUCACUUGUAUUAGAUGCAGGAUGUGGGAACGGGAAGUAUUUGGGGCUAAAUCCCGAGAGUUUUUUUAUUGGAUGUGAUAUUAGUUCGGCCCUUGUCAAGAUUUGUGCAGAUAGAGGGCAUGAAGUGUUGGUUGCUGAUGCUGUCAAUCUCCCAUAUAGGACUGGUUAUGGUGAUGCGGCGAUCUCCAUUGCUGUGUUGCAUCACCUUAGCACAGAAAGUAGGAGACGGAAAGCAGUAGAAGAAUUAGUCCGUAUUGUUAAAAAGGGUGGUCUUGUCUUGAUAACCGUUUGGGCGAGGGAACAAGAAGAUGGAUCAUUGUUAAACAAGUGGACACCACUUACUCAGAAAUAUGUGGAGGAGUGGGUAGGUCCAGGCAGCCCUAGGGUCCGAAGUCCUUCAUCCUCGACUCUAGAGAGUAUACCAGAAGCUGAGGAAAAUGGUUCGAGGGAUCACUUUAAAGAAUUUCUUGACAAGACCAUGGAUGUAAAAUCACCUAGACACAGCAAUUUGAGUAAAGUUUCAGAUCAGUCAUUGACUUCUACAAGUGGAGAAGUUUGCGAAGAGCAGCAAGAAUUUUUUGUUCCUUGGCAUUUGCCUUAUCAUCGUGCUGAAGUGAGUGGAGCCUCUGCCAAUGCUGUUGCUUCUGGUCUGGCAAAGAAGGAUGAUAAGAAGGGUGCAGUGGUUUACAACAGAUACUACCAUGUUUUCAGUGAAGGUGAACUUGAAAAGUAAGCUGUCCUGCUCCUUUUAUUGCUUCAUUAGUACUUUCAUUUGUUUUCUGAGCUUAAUUGGGAGCGUAACCAGCUGUGUGAAAUAGUUCACAUUGAAACACCUCUAUAUCUUGACAUGCUGCAUCCUGUUCCUUGACAAGAUUCGAAAAAGAGGAAUAGGCCUGGCACAAUUUGGUGCUUCUCCAAGCUUUGGCUUAUGUAAAAUUUGUGCUGCUUUCUUUUUUUUUUUUUUUUUUUUUUCCCUGUAUCAUUACAUGCUUGCUUGAUCUACUAUCAUGAUAGGUAAAUCUGAUUUGAGAAUUGUAACCAACAAUUAUGAAUGUGAUUCAAUGGAGUACACCACAAAAGAAAACAAUCAUCAUUUGACUAUUUCUAUGGUGUUGUUGGUUAAAGAAUUCAAUUCCUUUGUUGACAUCUGCUUGUGUUGUUUGGUCUUGAUUGCUGCAGGUUAGUUUCUGAUGUGGACAAUGCUGUUGUGGUUGAUAAAUUCUACGACAAAUCAAACUGGUGCAUCAUUCUUGAGAAAACAUCAUGAUUAGUUGUGUCCUGGAAGAUCCACGAGUGCAGAGUUUUCUAGGCCAGAAGGUUCAAAUUUUUGGUUGUUUGGAUUGGGAGAAAGAACAAAACGGAAAACUAAACAGAUGUGUGCUGCACAAAGAUGAAGGGUGUCUUCUCUGCGUUCAGCUGUACUAGUGUAAUUGAUUUCUUUGCAUGGAUUAGUUGAAGAAUACCAUUCUAUACACGCCUACAUUUUAGAUAGGUUUCUUCAUUCUGUUUUUUUGGUGUCUCCUCAUUCUGUACGAUUUGAGUUGCAUACUAGUGGAAUUGAAAAUUAGUCAUCGCCGCGAAGGCUUCUCUGUGUACGAAUUGUUGUCACUCUUGCUGUUUGUAUCCAGUUUUGCAUAGAUUUGGAUUAGUUUGAAACAAUUCCUUGGCAAUGUAUGCUGCUGUUCAAGUUUGUGGC